AUGGCGAAAGAGGAGUGCAAGGCACUGCUGGAUGCACUGAGUAAAGUGACGGCCUGCUACCGGCACCUGGUGCUGACAAUCGGCGGGGCCUCGGACUCGCAGAACCUGCGUGAGGAGCUGCAGAAGACGCGGCGCAAGGCCCAGGAGUUGGCGGUGGCAGCUCGGACUCGGCUGACGACGGCACUGCGUGACAAGACCACGGGGAAGGAGGAGCGGGCAGAGCUGGAGCGGCUCUGGGUGCUCUUCUCCACCUGCCUGGAGCUGCUGGAGGCAGACAUGCGUCGCGCCCUGGAGCUGGGGCAGGAGUUCCCACUCAAUGUACCCAAGAAGCCCCUCAUCCAGACGGGCCUCAGUGGGGGGACCUCGGCCGUGGCUGCCCGGGCCAUGAGCGCCCAGAACAUGAAGUAUGAGGCCGGGCAUGACAUCGACGCUGCCGACCUCAAGGACUUGGAGAACGAGAUCAACCAGGUGGGAGAGAUGCGCUACGAGAUGGAGAUGAAGGUCAGUGUCCCUCAGUGGACCGUGGAGGCCAAGCAGGACCCCGGCGCCGAGCUCCACUCCACGGCCAGUGCUGGAGCCUCCUCGCUGGGCCUUGUCUCCGCCGAGGAGCCCAAGGCCUUCUGCGACAUCAACAGGGCCCUGGCCGGCAUUGUCUUCACUGCCGUCCUCCUUGUGGCCGUCAUCCUGGCUGUCUGCGUGGCCAAGCUCUCCUGAGGAAUACUUCUGCCUGCCGGAGGCCCUGGCCCACGCCUUGCUCAGGAGAACUCCUAUGGUGGGCAGCCAUACUACGGCCGUGAAAGGGCACUGGAGGUCUCUGCCCAUGCCAGCCACGCUUUGAGAGAUUCUAGCUUUGCAGUUCAGUCUAUAUCCGAGGUACAUACACCUUUAUUGGAGUAAAAGGUGUUUUCUGCACAGGGAAACUUGUUAUCUGGGGUUGGGAUGCCCAGAUCCUGAACCAGCUGCACUUUGAGAUAGUCUAGCUUUACAGCUCCGCUUAUAUCCAAGGUGCAUACACCUUUAUUGGAGUAAGAGGAAAAGGUACAUCUUUAUUGGAGUAAAAUGUGUUUUCUGCACAGGGGAAAUUUGUUAUCCGGGGUUGGGAUCCAUGUUGUUGGGAAAGAUGUCUGCACCGUGCCCAGACUUUGAACCGUUUGCACUUUGAGGUAUUCUAGCUUUACAGGACAGUAUUUUGAGGUACAUACACUUUUAUUUGAGUAAAAGGAGAAGGCCGCAAUGUUUUCUGUGUAAGGAAAACUUGUUGUCUGGGGUUGAGAUCCAUGUUGCUAGAAAAAGGAUUUAGGGCCCUUCCACACAGCCCUGUAUCCCAGAAUAUCAAGGCAGAAAAUGCCACAUUAUCUGAUAACCCAGUUCAAAGCACAUUUUGUGGGAUUUUCUGCCUUGAUAUUCUGGGAUACAGAGCUAUGUGGAAGGGCCCUUAGUCUCUGCCCAUAUCCCAAGCCGGCUAUGCUUUGAGAUCGUCUAGCUUUACAGAACAGCUUAUAUCCAAAGUACACCUUUAUUUGGGUUUAAAGAAAAAGCCAGUGUAACAUGAGACUGGGAUCCAUGUUGCUGGAAAAGGGGUCUGCGCCCUUUUCCUGACCCUGAACCAGAUACAAUUUGAGAUAUUCUAGCUUUACAGAACAGCCUGUAUCCAAGGUACAUACACCUUUAUUUGAGUAAAAGGGGGAACACCUGUUCGCUGGGCCCUUCAGAGUUAAUGAAAGAGAGGUAUUACAACUACCAGCUAUAGUAAGGAUUGAGUUGCUAUUUGUAGAUCCGCUAUUCUAAGUAACCAGAAGCCGAUGUGGUUUGUGAAUAGCUGCCUCCGGUGGUGACCCAUGUUUACAAAUUGCACAUCAUUUGGAGGUUGGGAUGGAUUAAGGGACAAAACAGAGAGAUUUAGGAAUUAGAUAGUAUUCCCUUUAAACAUAAGGAAUAGUGUCUCUGGACUGAGCAGGGGAUUUGUUUCCUCCUUCUAAAAAAGCAUUCUUUUGUUUUCUUUUUAAUCUCUGGAGUUAUGACUGAAAGUCUGUUUCUGGGAUCAAAUUGCAUAGAGACCUGGAUCUUUAUGGGGAUGGGGAGACUAAUUGCAUCUUUGGCAAGUGUACAAUGUUAAAUGCAACCUAAAACAACAAGAGGAAGAUUAAGCACCAUUUACAGGAAUCUUAAGAAGCCCAGUUUUCAAUUUAUGAUUGCAUAACAUGAUUUUCUUCUCCUUUGUUGGGGGGUGAUGGGAAGGAAACUCUACUUCUUGGUAUUUUGGUUCUUAACUCCAUGCCAGUCAUUUUUAUAAAUAAAUAAAUAAAUUCAUAUACAAUGCCAUUCUAUAUGCAGAGAUUGACAUUUAUGGCUGAGUCCUCUGUGUUGACCUUAGUUAAACUGUAAUUCGUGAGCAUAGGAACUGUGUUAGGUAGAACAAGAUCCUAAGGCUAUUUGGAAUAUUGUUUAGCAGUGCUGAAUUAAAUAGGACAUCUUCCCUAAUAAGUAUGUUUGGGUUGAAACAUACUUAAAAUGUUAAGGUUCGUGUGCCAGUCAGUGUUUGUGGACUGCAGCAUCAGUCUACAUUUUUAUGGAGGUAUUUUUCUGCUUAUGUUUGUGGAAGUUGCUUUGAUCUAAUGUUGGUGUGAUCUGGGUUUUCAUUGCAACUGACUUUUAUUUGAUGUGCAGUACAGCAUGGUGUUAAAUUUUAUGUAGGAAUAUAUGAAGCUGCCUUAUAGUAAUACAGGCCAUUGGUCCCUCUAGUUCUGUAUGACUGACAGUGGCUCUCUAAGGAACCCAAGUAUUCUUUGGGAUCCUUUGUAACCCUGGGUAAUUAUACUAUCUUUUCUAGUCCUACCUGAAAUGCCAGACUGAUCCAGUUUAAUUCUAUGGUACAAAUAAGACACCUGAUCUCACGUUGACACUCUGAGCUUUACACAUGUGCAUCUCCUAUUACUUAUAAUGGGAUUUAUAUAUUUACCUGCAGGAAUCAAGGCGAUUAGAAUCAAUCUUAUAAUCCUGACCUGCUCAAGCACUGACAUAAUGUGACUUGGAUGGCAAUGCUUGGGCCUGUAUCUGAUACAAGCCCUUUGAAAAACUGACAGCUGAAUGGAAUGUAAACGUAGGGCUUCAACUAAAUGUGGAAUAGCUUAGUUUUUCACAACUGAAAUUUAUCAGCACCCACCACACAUGCUUUCUCUGUUCUUUUUGUAAAAGGAGAUAUA